AUGGCCCAAAGUAUGAAAAGCACCACUGGUCGUAUUCCGAUGAAAUAUAUGAUGGUCAUGAUGAUGAUUGUCCUUCCCACUUGGGGAGACGCUCUUGAUGCUGCUUUGGCUGAUGCUGAGAAAAACAAAAAAGUGAUCAAGGUUAAUGCAGAUGGUAGCGGCGAUUUCAAGACAAUGACAGAUGCCAUCAACAGUAUUCCUGCGGGAAAUAAAGAUCGCAUUGUCCUUUCGAUAGGACCUGGGGAGUAUGUAGAGAAGAUCAAGGUGGAUGGAAACAAGCCAUUCGUCACCUUCUACGGAGCACCCGGCAGCAUGCCCACCUUGUCCUUUCAUGGUACGUCCGGCGAGUACGGGACUGUCGAUAGUGCUUCUGUAAUUGUGUUGUCCGACUACUUUGUGGCUGCCAAUAUAAUCUUCAAGAACACGGCUCCACCACCCAGUGGCCAAGGUAGCGGACAAGGAGGUCAGGCGGUGGCAAUGAGAAUCUCCGGUGACAUGGCGGCAUUUUACAAUUGCAAAUUCAUUGGCUUUCAAGACACAUUGUUGGAUGACAAGGGCAGGCAUUACUUCAAGGAUUGUUAUAUUGAAGGCACCGUCGAUUUCAUCUUUGGCUCCGGAAAAUCUCUCUACAUGAACACCGAGCUACAUUCGGUGGCAAAGGAUCUUGCAGUGAUCACAGCACAAGCGAGAAAAUCUGAUAGUGAAGAUGACGGAUACUCUUUCGUUCAUUGCACCGUUACAGGAACCGGAGACAUAUAUCUAGGCCGGCCAUGGUUUCCCUUCGGAAAGGUUAUCUUUGCCAACACCGAAUUGUGUGACAAGGUCAAUCCUGUAGGCUGGCACGUAGGAGUUGGAGUUGCCACUGACAACGUAUUCUUCGUAGAGUAUCAGAACACCGGACCGGGAUCAAAUACAGAUAAGCGCCCAACAUGGGUGAAGACGAAGCUAUCUGACGCAGAAGUUCAACCAUUCUUGAGCACGAAGUACAUUGAUGGCGAUAAUUGGCUUCAACCUCCUCCAACU